AUGCAUUUCGGAAACUUCCUGUCGCUCUUCAUCGUCAACGUCGUCCUCAGCGGGACACUCGUGGCCUCCGCCUCCCUCGAUAGGCGUGGCUACAACCCCGACCUCGCCUUGCCGCUAUACUCCAGUGGACGCUGGGUUUUUAACAGCAAGGGUGAGACGGUCACCUAUGUUGGUGCCAAUUGGCCCGGUGCUGCUGAUGUCAUGAUCCCGGAAGGUCUUCAGUACCAAUCAGUGUCCCAUAUCGCUGGCAUGUUCGCUGAGGCAGGCUUGAACUCCGUUCGCCUGACGUACGCUAUCGAGCUCGUCGAUCAAAUUUACGAAAAUCAUGGAAAGGAUGUUUCUAUCAAGACUGCAUUGGUCGAGGCUCUCGGCAGCGAAAACGGUACCCAGGUCUAUCACGAGAUCUUGAAGCACAACCCUUCUUUCCACAAGGAUAUAACUCGGCUGGAGGUCUAUGAUGCCAUAGCUGAAGAGCUUUACGGUCGUGGAAUCUACUUGCAUUUGGACAACCACAUAUCGAAGGGUAUGUGGUGCUGCAGUACCGAUGGAAAUGGCUGGUUUAACGACACAUACUUCGAUAUCGAUAACUGGCUCCGAGGAUGGAAAUAUAUGGCUUCUCAUGGCAAGAAGUGGAAGGCACUGGCGUCGGUCGGUCUGCGUAACGAGCUUCGUGCAGCUGUCUCGGAAUAUGCCUUACCGAUCAAUUUUGAGGUUUGGACUGAAUACAUGACCAAGGCUGCCGAGGUUGUGCAUCACGCCAAUAGUGACGUUCUCAUCUUCUUCUCUGGCUUGAACUAUGAUACCAAUCUCCACGAUAUUGUAUACGGCAAUGCUUUAAGCGACUCCACCAACGCGACUUUUGAUAUUCGCGAGUACGAUUUUUACCACAAGGCUGUCUUUGAGUUGCACACUUAUUCUUCGCCAACCGACUGUGAAUCGUACUGGUCGGGCCUAUACAACGCAGGAUUUGCAAGCUUGAACGAGUCUGAUACCGAUGUCGCAAACAGAUUGCCUGUGGUGUUGUCAGAGUGGGGCCACAGCGAGGAAGACAGCUCGCUGGCGUACGAGUCUGUGUAUUCCACUUGCUUGCAUGAGAAAGCCGUGGAGUACAAAUUUGGAUGGAUGCUUUGGUCUAUGAUUGGAGGCUACUACGUUAGGUCAGGCAGUCAGGACAACGAGGAUUUGUGGGGUCUACUGGCCAAAAACGAGACUGUCUUCCGGGGAGUGGAGUCCGCUGACGCGAUCAUUACCAUGGCCAAGGAUACUCUAGCUUCUGAUGUAGAUGAAGGAGUGUCUGCGUCGCGUAAACAUAUCAAGUCUUGGGAUAACUACAAGGCAUAA